CUCUGCUGGAAGAGACUGGACUUCGGUGGCAAAUGCUGUCCGCUGGCAGGAGACGGCGGACAAUGGUGGCUAUGCAUACCGGCCGGUCAAUGCCGGUGGCGGACACAAGGGUCCGGGAGUCAGAGACGAGAAUUUCUUGAUCUCAUCUCAUCCAUUUCCGAUGACUACUCUCAAAGGGCCUGUCGACAUGAGCCGUCGAAAGGCCGAGCUCAUGGACAUUGCUUCGGGACUGGGACUCAGCACAGUCGGCAACAAAAAGACUCUCAUCCAGCAAAUUACAGAAUAUCUCGGUAAUCACGACGACCUGUGUCUCGACCCGAAAUUUCAGGGUCUCUUCGCCUACAGGCCGGACACGAAGAUCGCGUCAGGCGGUCGUUCGCAAACAAAGCAGGGAAGCAAGACUAGUGCCGACAAGGUCACCGAAGAUGAUACAGCAGCCCAAGCUAGUCAGGAGAAAACGGCCACUGGGGCUGGGAAGACCCUGCAAUCCCUGCAGAUCUCCACAGAUCCGCCGCCCCGGUUCACUCGUCUCCAGUCGGCAAACGAGGCCGCCAUAUCCACGCGGGACGACUCGUCCCUGUCGCCCAUGUCAAGCCCUGCUGUACUGCCACAAGACAUAGGGAGCGAGGGCGGUGACAUCAGCGCUGUUGAAGUAGAAGAGCUCGCGCCCACGGACAUACAGCCUGCCGACCUGCCGCAUACACCUCCUAAGUGGCCGGUUGGCUUACCGUCGACAGUGGACAAUAUAGGUCCUAAACAGGAUAUUGUUGUUGCAUUUCACCGGACUUCUGGAGAUGCUGUACAGUCGACUCUCGAAGCCGCUGACGGCACGACGUUGUACACUGCCCGAUUAUCGGAGCUCCUUCCCGCAGCUAUCAAUCAGGCGAGUCCUGUCAAAGCUGCUGGUGGGCGCCUGUAUCGGGCAGGUUUCAGCACCGAGAGCAGCAAGGUCUCGCUUGGAUCUGUCAAGAGUGUCGUAGAGGGCAACGGCCAUCAGUUCGAAUACAACCGAGUCGAUCUAUACAAAUUGCAACGCACCACAGACGGCGACUCACUCCUCUGCAAUGUAUACCUGGAUGGUACUACUGUCGUAGGGCAAGAUAGCAAGGAUCAUGCUUCGAGCGCCAUGCAAGCGGACAAGAUAGCUGCACUUGACAUCCCGGCAUCGCUACAGAAGGAUGCUCAUCCUGCUCCAGACAUGGUCAGCCGCACACAAAACACAAGUGGUACGGACAAGGACUUCCUGGGCUACCUUCGUGAGCUUUUGGAUGCUCCAUCCAAGCCAUGGCCUCGCGCAAACUCGAUUGGCGUGAUAUUGAAGCGCCGGCUUGCUGUGAUUCAUGCGAUGGAAACUCUGGACAGUCGUGGAUGGUCGCAAUCGACAGGAGGCUAUGUAGUUGCAGAUGACGAAGAUACUCCCUUUGCUGGGCGCAAGUUCACCAAACAGACAGUGUACGAGGCAUUGCACAUAAAGCAUUCAAACGCCUCCGACGACGCACGGCUCUUUGCAGCCCAGGAUUUGAAGAAGUUGUCUCGUGUCCGAGCAUGGAUGGCAGAUCCUGAAGGAAAGUACAGCAACGACUUUAGUGACAUGACUGUUGCCGAGUUUAAGAGGUAUAAGGAGAAGGCACUCACCCAGAAGAUGUCGGUCGAGAAGGAAGAGUAUCGAAAGGACCAGAAGGGAAAGAAGCGAGCAGAUCGCUCUGAUUCGGAGGGAGAGAGUAGUGGAUACUUACGUCACGAGCCAAAGCGCACUAGAAAGUCUAUAGGGAUGGACUCCAGCGACCUAGAUGUCUAG